UACACUAGUCUUCCAUCUACUGUGUGUCUCUGUUAAGCAUAAAUACCCUGACAAGGAAAAAUUAACAAACUGAACACUGAAAGCUAAUCACUGUGGACUGGCAGCUUAUUCUGUGAGUUAAGGGGGAUUUGCAACCAGAACUAUGUGGGCUGAGGAUGAUUUCAAUCCAUCUGCUGGUCCAUGUCUAGAUAGCUAUGCAGAACCUAUAGAAAAUGGAACGUACAUCAUGUAUCAUGGAACAACAAGGCAGGCAGCACAACAAAUACUUGAGAGUGGAUUCCAUCAGUCCCCGGAUGGAAUGCUGGGACGUGGUGUUUAUGUCAGUCGUGACCUUCAGAAGGCCAGCAGGUACCCUCUUCAUCUACCUGAACAUCAGCGUGUAGUUUUGAAGUUGAAGGUUAGAGUUGGCAGGGUGAAGAGGAUUGACUGCCAGGGACACCCACUGCAGAAGACCUGGCAUGACCAUGGUUAUGACACCGCGUGGUGUCCUCCCAACUGUAGAAUGGUCAAGAGUGGUCUGGAGGAAGACUGUGUAUGGAAUCCCAGCAGAAUUACAGUUAUUGGUGUAAUCCAUCCAAAGGCUAAAGUUAUCUCAAAAAUCAAUACAGAGCCAAGGAAUAAUGAAACCUACACUAUGUAUCAUGGCACAACAAAGGAGGCAGCACGCGAAAUAGAGGCCAGUGGAUUCCGCCAGUCCAAGGAUGGAAUGUUGGGGCCUGGGGUUUAUGUCAGUCGUGACUUUGAGAAGGCCAGCAGGUACCCUCUUAAUAUAUCUGAUGACCAGCGUGAAGUUCUGAAGCUGAAAGUAAAUGUUGGCAAGGUGAAGAAAAUUGACUGCCAGAGACAUCCAAUGCAGAAGAGCUGGCAUGACCGUGGUUAUGACACCGCGUGGUGUCCUCCCAACUGUGGAAUGGUCAAGAGUGGCCUGGAGGAAGACUGUGUAUGGGAUCCCAGCAGAAUUACUAUUAUGGGCACAAGACGUCCAGAAACGCGUGUUGCAAUGUGUGCUGAAAUUUCAGAUGAGGAGCAGUGUGCCUUCAACAGAACUAUGUGGGCUGAGGAUCAUUUCAAUCCACCUGCUGGUGCAUGUUGGCUAGGCGGCUCUGCAGAACCAAGAGAAAAUGGAACCUACAUCAUGUAUCACGGAACAACAAGGCAGGCAGCACAACAAAUAAUGGCGAGUGGAUUUCGUCAGUCCGCAGAUGGAAUGCUGGGCCGUGGUGUUUAUGUCAGUCGUGACCUUCAGAAGGCCAGCAGGUACCCUCUUCAUCUACCUGAACAUCAGCGUGUAGUUUUGAAGUUGAAGGUUAGAGUUGGCAAGGUGAAGAAGAUUGACUACCAGGGACACCCACUACAGAAGACCUGGCAUAACCAUGGUUAUGACACCGCUUGGUGUCCUCCAGGCUGUGGAAUGGUCAAGAGUGGCCUGGAGGAAGACUGUGUAUGGGAUCCCAGCAGAAUUACUGUUAUUGGUGUAAUCUAUCCACCCUCAGGUCAAAGUGAUCUCUGUACAGAACCUGUAGAGAAUGGAACGUACAUCAUGUAUCAUGGAACAUCAAGGCAGGCAGCACAACAAAUAAUGGCUCAUGGAUUCUGUCAGUCCGCAGAUGGAAUGCUGGGCCGUGGUGUUUAUGUCAGUCGUGACCUUCAGAAGGCCAGCAGGUACCCUCUUCAUCUACCUGAACAUCAGCGUGUAGUUUUGAAGUUGAAGGUUAGAGUUGGCAGGGUGAAGAGGAUUGACUACCAGGGACACCCACUACAGAAGACCUGGCAUAACCAUGGUUAUGACACCGCUUGGUGUCCUCCAGGCUGUGGAAUGGUCAAGAGUGGCCUGGAGGAAGACUGUGUAUGGGAUCCCAGCAGAAUUACUGUUAUAGGUGUAAUCUAUCCAAAAACAUGUGAUGCAAUGCACUAUACGUACUAUACUCACAGUUGAGAUGAGGAGUGGUAAUCUUUCAUGUAUAUGUCUAGCUAAAUUACUCCAUAUAUUGUUGUUAAUAUAUGAAUGACAUCAAAUUCAUUUAGAAAGAUGUCAUUGGCUUAAU